AGAAGCAGAAACGCAAUGACGACACUGUGCUGUUCUCAAGGCGUCCAUUAUCUGGUUCUUUAAAGCCUGUGACAAGUAGUUUAUCUUGCGUGUUGCCACUUUAAGGACAGUGAAGGACCGAGGUGGGGGAGAACAGUUUCGAAAAAGCUAAGCUUUAAUUGGAAAGACGCGUGGCCAAUGUGUGAAAGACCGGCGACGUGAGCUGCAGCGGGAGAGGUUUGGGAAUGCGAACGCCUUGGCUGGCUCUUAGGGCUCACGUGACUAACAUGGAUCAUGAAUGAUACCAGUUUAUUUAGAACUUGAAAGAAAAAUCAUUUAAGGCGCUGCGUUACUGAAAUAGAAAUGUCCCAUUCAGUUAAACUCGAAGAACUGCGAAGUGCAAAUCAAUGCCUCCUAAAUCGCUUAAAAGAAAAACAGGAUAGAUUAAGAAAAUGGUCAACAGAAGAAGCAAAAACUGUUUUGCAUGGUGAACGUUUAUGCAAGGAAAAUAAAGCACAGAAUUGUGUAAGAAACGAUAGUAUGCAAAGUAGCCUCAACAGACUUCAGCAAGAUCCUACUCUGUUUGCAACUCCGGGCCAAGCUUCAGCUGCUCGGAGAGCUUUGAGUUCUUCUAGAAAAUACAAUUAUGUUUGUGAGCAGAAUCAAGCAAACUCGGUGCUUCACCCGAAGAAGGAAUUUAGUGCAAAGCCUACAAACAAUCUUAAAUCACAUAAUGAAUACAAAAACUUAAAGCAUGUAAAAAUAAAAUUUCCUGGUGAACACCAGACUUUUUCUAAUCCUGUAACACAGACAAGCACUGAGUUGUAUAAAUGUGAUGGUCUGCAGUACGCUGACCAAUUAAUGGAUGAAGGCAAUAUCAGGAAUAAAGAACCCAGAACUCCCAAAUCUUGUCUUCUGACCCCAGGGAACAAAGAUUCCAAGCGAGAUUUUGGACAUGUGACAUUUCUGUCUAAUAACACAGACAAAACACAGCGUUGGUCACCACGUCCAUUUUUAGGCUAUGAUUGGAUAGCUGGACUUUUAGAAGCAGAAUCACCAAUAGCCAAUAAGUCGGAGCAGUUCUAUUCAGAUAUAAAUGAGUUCCGGCGAGUCAACCGAGAAGAAUGUGUGCAUAAUUAUUACACUGAUCCAGAAGCUCAGGAAACAUCAUCCUCCGAAGACGAGCUUGAUGGCGUCAUUGACACGCACGACUGUGUCUACUGCUAUCGUGUCAACAAUCGCUUAUUUACUUCUCCUGUAGGAUCAGAAUCUGCCUGUCCCAUAUGUAAAAAGCGCAGGUCCAAACGUCGUCCUACCAUAGAAGAACCUGCGUAUAUUCGGGUCAGCAUCCCCAGAUCAACACUUCUUCCACCUUAUAAAUAUAAGGCUCACAGAAGAAAAAGCUUUGAUCCAACAGACAGCCUUGCCUUACCAUCACAUUGUUUAGUUGGCUGGGAAAAUGCAGUGCCGUCCUGUGAUUUAAAUAUCGCCAGCUUAGACCUUAAAACAUCAGUGCAACUCGGUACUAAAGCCCAUGUAUCAACAUUUGAAAAUUCCACCAUGGAUAACACAUCCUACUAUGAUUCAAGAGCAAGAUCGGAAAAUCUUCUCAAUAUGUCUCGAUGUAUGUUUUUACAAAGCUGCAAUAAGAACUGAUGUGCACAUCACUAUUCACUCAUCUAGUAUUUUUCAUGCAUCCUUCAAUAAACAUUUCCAGGCUGUUACAAAUGUGUUACAAUUAUGAACUGAUAGACUAAAAUGGAAUUCCUCCGACCCCUAAUGAAUAUUAUUCUUUUCCUUUCCCAAUGGAUUUGAUAAAGAUUAAAUCCACUUAAUUAGAAGCACAACUGCAUUUCCUAGCAGUCCAUAAAACUGACAUUGAUCAAUCAUUUAUUAAUUUGCCUGUUUUUCUUUAAAAGAAAAAAAGUUUUUUUAAGGUUAGAUGGUAGUGGCCUGUUCUUAGAAAUCAGUUCUUUAGCUGGAGCCUCUCCGACAUUUUUUUAGUACAUGUGGUAGUAAUAAUUGACACUGCAUUUCUGUAUGUAUAUUUAAAGAAAAAACGGUAGAUUAAAUUUUCAAACCUGCCUUUGCGAACAGUGGGAUUCUAUGAACACAUAGGUAAUCAUUCCAUACAAUUUUAUCUGUGCAUAUGUGUGACCCAACUUCAGUUGUGGUUAGCGUCAGAUUAACUAUACAUGUUUUCCUCCAACUGUUGCCCUGUCCCUUUCUGCAUCGCUCACUACUACCAGUAUCCUUGUAAAUAAGUGACAAAACAAGCUUUGCAAUAGGUGAGUGAUGCUGCAACCCAGUCCCGUCCCCAGUAUAGGGCUCUUUAAAUAGGUGGUUCACUAUUUAUUGUUUCAAUAUUUGUUUUUUUAAUUAUUUGUCUUCUGACUCUUUCCAGCUUUCAAAUGGAGGGGGGGGGGGUCACUGGGCCCUAUCUAAAAAAGAAUGCCCUUUAAGCCCUACAAAUUUUAUGAUUAAUGCUUAUUUUUUUUUUAUUCAUAUUUCGAUUCAGGCCUUCUAGUAUUCAUAUUCUAGACUCUUAUUUAAAUGAAUGCAUGGUUGGCAGGUUAAUUUGGACCCUAGCAACCAGACUGCUCAAAUUACAAAUGGGAAAGAUGCUUAAUAAAAAGCCUGUAAGAAAACUGCAAAUAAAAAACAAAAUGCAUGUCACUCUCUAUAUCAUACUAAAGUUUAACUCAAAUAUAAAACACUCCUUUAACCAAGCCUGGUCAAGAGGGCUUCUUUGAACAUGAACAGUUUACCAAACUGGGGACUUGGGGACACUUGCAAUCAUAUAAUACUUAAUAUCGACUGGCUGUUUAAUUAGAAACCUGUGUGCAAUAAUAGUUUCUGCUCACUGUUGUGAAAUAUUGGUCUGUAAAAUAGUACUGCUUAAAUUUGUAUUGUACAAAACCUGUUUUUAAGGUGAGAUAACCUGCCUCUGUACAUAAUUUGGCAAUAGUUGGCAAUAGAAAGCAGAGCUUAAAUGAGUUUCUGCUCACUGUUGUGAAAUAUUGGUCUGUAAAAUAGUACUGCUUAAAUUUGUAUUGUACAAAACAUGUUUUUAAGGUGAGAUAACCUGCCUCCGUACAUAAUUUGGCAAUAGUUGGCAAUAGAAAGCAGAGCUUAUGGCACAAAAGAAAUGAGUUCCCUUGCACACUCCUGUGUGGUUAGAUGAUAUCUACAUUUUCUGUAAGCUGCAUACUUAAUAAUAUUUUAAUAUUAUAAUAUUUCCCACGCAUCAAGUGUUUGCAAACUGACUCAUUUAUGUAAUAGGGCUUCAUUUAGGUAUUUUUUUGAAAAAUACAUGUAUGUUCAAAUUUCCAAGAAAGGAAUGACUAAGUAUUGGUAAGACUUUUUUCCUAUAAUGAGAAGGUGAGAUUUACAGGGACAUGUGUAACUGACAUACGUGUGGUAUUGGCUCUUCUGAUGUGUAUUAGCAGAUGUGUAUCAAAAAUGUUAAUUCUCUAUGAUCUUGCCCAAAUGUUGUCUGGGAGUACUAAAAUUAGAUAUAGACCAGGGUUAGGACUGGGGUUAAAAAAAAAAUUAUAUUACUCAAAAAAGACCAGCAACACUGGGAUUUUGCAAAAUCAAAUCAAAAGAGUGUAUUGAGUGAGUACAUACAGCUAACGUGAUGUUUCGGUCCCUAUUGGGAGUAUGAUGCAGAUGAAAUUAACAGAAUACGAAAGCUGAAAAUUAUAACGUGUGUUUUUGCGAUUUAAGCAGACUUGAAUAAAUUUCUGUGAAAAA